AUGCCCGCAUCGCGUCUACUCGCGUCCCGCGCGCCCUCUGUUCUCGCCGACCUCACCGCAAUGAUGCAGAUUCACGACGCACUUGCCGCGGCUGCAGCCCUCAAUCUAUAUCCAAACAGCGCGGCGCUUUUUCCGCACGGCUUUGGGGUCGGAGUUGGCGAGCGCGGCGUGAGCAGCUCUUCGCGGUGCGGGUGCCACCAGCAGCUCAACUGCCGAGCUAGGCGGCACGCUCGAUUGCUUGCAGCGCGCACACGUAAAGCAGUCAUCGCGCGAGCCGCCAUUCGUUCUGCUUCUCCGCCUCCCUCUAGUCCUUCCGCUUCCGCGGGCCGCGCUCACGCCGCCAUUGCUGCAGGUGCCACUGCGACCGUGGAGGCCCAAUCUGCGACCAGCGCAAAUCUGCCGACCGUUGCAAUUCCCACAAUUCUGCCACGUGGCAUCGAGCAAGACAAAGGAGAGGGCAAUUCAGCGAUAAUUAACGACAUGUUGGCGGGCGGUUCGGGGAAGAGUGCAGCGGGUCUCGCGGAGAGUGCAGCGAGAGGGGAGGGCAAAGCUGCGUCGCAGGAGGUGGUUGCGUCAGUGACUGGGGAGCGCGCGGAGGGCGCUGGUCGCACGGCGACGACGGCGACGGCGACUGCGACGGCGACGGCGAUGGUGUCGACGAUGCGGAGGAAGAGGACAACGGGGGCCGUCGUUCUUCAUGCUGCUGACGGUGAGCGCCGCGAGGGCGGGGGUGAGGAGCGCGAAGAUGGGGUGAGAGCCGCGGGUAUGGGUAAGACAAGGGAUGCCCAUCACUGUCUUCUAUGCUUUGUGCCCUCCGUGCCGCAACCGUAUGCCCCUCUCUGCCUCGUGGCCCCCCACUUCUCUACCCAAACCUCCCCUCUCUCCCCUUCCCCGCGCCAUGCGCACUCCUCGCCCCCCUCUUUCUCCCACCAGAGCAGCGCGAUGGCAGCCCCUGCCGCCGCAUCAGCACACGCUGAGCAGAACAGCAGCGGGGCGCCCAGGGAGGGCGGGGAGGUGCCGCCACGGGGAGGCGCGGCGGAGGUGCGGGCGGACGCGGGGGUGGUGGCGUUCGUGACGGCGUGCACGAGCGAGUUCAGCCGCGAGGUGCCCGACGCGCUCAUAGAGGAGAUCGUGGGACUGCCUCUCCGCCUCACCCCAGUGGACCACGUGGCAAAGUGGGUGGCCAUCUCAGCGCACCACACUGUCGCAGCAAUCAACCACGUCAUCGACCUGCCAGCCUCCGCCCUCCACCAAGGCUCGCUGCCCUCCCUGCCGCACGUGCUUGGCCUGGGCAAGCCUCUCCUGCCUUCCGCCCCCUCUUCCUCGCCUUCCACUGCACCUCCUGUGGUGGCCCCAACGGCACCAUUCCAAGGUGGCCAGCCCACACCUCCACCACCCGUACCAGUGUCUGCAGCAACAGCCUUGCCAGCCCACUGCGCUCCUCCCUCCCCAGCUGCCUCUAUUGCUGUCACCGCCAUCACGGGUGUCGUGCUGGCAGGCCUGGUUCAGUUCCUAGCCUCUCUUGCAGGUCUGGUGGGACGCGUGCCGGGCGGCAGCAGUGGGGUGGGUCAGAGCAGGCUGCUGUGGAACCUUCCGGCAGUGACAGUGCUGCUGCUGGUGGCGGCGGUGAAGGUGUGGGCAGCAUGGUGGCAUCAGCACCGCGGGCAGCAGGUGGUUGCAGCUGUUGAGGCGAAAUGA